AUGGAGAUGACAACGAAGAUCCGUCUACCCUCGGGGUUCGUCCCAUGGACGUUUAGACACAACCCGAUGUGUACCCAAGAAGGCCAUCAUCACAAUCAGGCCUCAACCAUUUCAAGCGGUGUCUCAAGCACGGAUGAAUUAUCGACUGGUUCGGGCUCUAAUCCGGGGGACAAUCCGACCAACCCUGUGUUUAAAACUCCAGAAUUUGAGAAAUACAACGGGACUAGCUGUCCCGAAGCUCACAUCACUAUGUUCUGCAGACGCAUGGCAGGCUAUGUCAAUAAUGACCAACUAUUGAUCCACUGUUUCCAGGAAAGUCUAGUUAGGGCCGCUUCUAGAUGGUACAACCAAUUGAGUCGUAACCAUAUCAGUUCAUGGAGGGAUUUAGCACAGGCUUUCAUGAAGCAGUAUAGUCACGUGACAGACAUGGCCCCUGAUAGAGUCGUAUUACAGAACAUGGAGAAGAAACAAAAUGAGAGUUUCAGGCAAUACGCCCAAAGAUGGAGAGAGGUAGCAACGCAAGUUCAACCACCUCUUCUGGAGAAAGAAACGACCAUGCUCUUUAUCAAUACGCUGAAGGCUCCAUUCAUUAACCACAUGCUAGGGAGCAUUACUAAAAGCUUCUCAGACAUAGUAAUGUCUGGAGAAAUGAUAGAGAACGCGAUAAGAUGUGAAAGGAUUGAAGCAGGGGAAAGUGCUAAGAGAUCAACCCCGAGAAGGAAAGAGAACGAUAUGAACAACACGUGUAUGUAUAAUAAGCCAGUCACCAUGAGCCAACCAAAGGUGGUGACUACCAGCCAUCAGGGCUCCGCAAGACGGGACUUCAACCCAAGGCCUAACACGGAAAGAGUCCAGUUUACUCCUAUCCCGAUGUCCUACAAGGAAUUGUACCAGAGCUUAUUCGAUGCCCAUGAAGAAGCAGAUGUGUGUGCCUCCGAAGAGAGGUCGACGAAGGAUGUUUACAAAGUCCACCACCCAGUGGUUAUCAUAUCACGUCCAAAAAUGAAUGAAGCUGGGGCACAAGUCGCACCAAAAGUCGUGAUCCAGAAGCCCGUUGCUUUCCCUUAUAAAGAUAGCAAGAGGGUACCAUGGAAUUACAGCUGUAAUGUGAUGAUCCUAGGAAAGAAGAGCCCGGCCAGUGCUUCACAACAAAACCAAGAUGUAGGUUUUUUUACACGCAGUGGGAGACGUUAUGUUCCCGAGGGUACAGGAACCAAAAUUAUCGAAGAAAGAAUCCCGAAAAUAGAGCAAAGGAAAGAAAAGAUGGUCGAGUUCGAAUCGCCUGUCAAUGAGUCAGUAACCGAGAAUGAAGCCAGCGAAUUCUUAAAAUUUUUAAAACAUAGUGAGUACAGCGUCGUUGAACAGCUACAUAAGCAACCAGCUCGCAUUUCGGUGCUAGCCUUACUCUUGAGCUCAGAAAGGCAUCGGAGCGCGUUAAUAAAAGUGCUGAACAAGACAUACGUCGCGCACAACAUCUCUGUCAACAAACUGGACCGCCUGGUCAACAAUAUCAGCGCUGACAAUUUUAUUUUCUUUAACGACGACGAAAUACCACUAGGAGGCAUGGGGUCCACAAAGGCCCUGCACAUUACCACGCGUUGCAAGGGAUACACAUUACCGGGGGUAUUGAUCGAUAAUAGAUCAGCAUUAAACGUCUUACCCCUAUCCACACUGAAUAGGUUGCCCGUGGAUAGUUCCCAUAUGAAAACAUGCCAAAAUAUAGUAAGGGCAUUUGACGGUACUGAAAGGAAAGUAAUGGGGAGGAUUGAAUUACCCCUUCAAAUCGGUCCUAGCACGUACGAGGUAGACUUCUUAGUAAUGGACAUCAAACCCUCUUACAAUUGCCUAUUGGGAAGACCAUGGAUCCACUCGGAAGGGGCAGUGCCGUCAUCAUUACAUUAAAAGCUCAAACUUAUAACGAAGGGUCGAUUGGUGACUAUAAAUGCGGAGGAAGACAUUAUUGCAUCUGUUACCAGCAAUGCACCAUAUGUGAGGAUAGAUGAUGAAGCCAUAGAAGAUUCUCUUGUUCUUUGUAUCUUCCUUUGUACGUACAACAGGUCUUCAGAUAUCAAUGAUGUGAGUGAUGUUGCGACUCAUUCAGAGUCUCCUUUUGAGCAGGAUAUGUGUCUAGAAGGAUCUCAAAACUUUGAAGAUGAUGGAGACUGUAAUUUGUCCCCUGACUUGUUAAGGAUGGUGGAACACAAGGAGAAACAAAUUUUACCCUACAAAGAGACCGUAGAGGUCGUGAACUUGGGAGAUGAACUAGAAAGGAGAGAAGUAAAGAUCGGAGCUUGCAUCACCACAGAGAUAAAGCAGGACCUUAUUGAGUUACUCCAAGAGUUCAAGGAUGUCUUUGCAUGGUCAUAUCGGGAUAUGCCUGGGCUAAGUACUGACCUUGUGGUACACAGGCUCCCCAUCAAAGAAGAAUGCAAGCCGGUUCAAAGAAAAGUGAAGGAUGCGCCCGAUGUUCUGUUGAAAAUAAAAGAGGAGGUCAAGAAGCAAUUUGAUGCUGGUUUCUUACAAGUAGUUAAGUACUCAGAAUGGGUAGCCAACAUCGUCCCCGUCCCUAAAAAAGAUGGAAAAGUACGGAUGUGUGUAGACUACAGAGACUUAAACAAGGCCAGCCCGAAAGAUAAUUUCCCAUUGCCUCAUAUCGACACCUUAAUGGACAACACGACAGGUUACUCACUUUUCUCCUUCAUGGAUGGUUUCUCGGGGUACAAUCAGAUCAAAAUACAUCUUGAAGACAUGAAUAAAACCACAUUUGUGACCAUGUGGGGAACCUUCUGCUAUAAAGUAAUGCCGUUCGGAUUGAAAAAUGCGGGAGCAACAUAUCAGAGAGCCAUGGUAACCCUAUUUCAUGAUAUGAUGCAUAAAGAAAUUGAAGUCUAUGUUGACGACAUGAUCGCCAAAUCUCGGACUGAAGAGGAGCAUGCGCAAGUCUUGAGGAAAUUAUUUUUGAGGUUGAGAAAAUUCCAGCUGAAACUCAAUCCAGCGAAGUGUACCUUUGGAGCCAGGUCUGGAAAACUACUUGGAUUCGUAGUUAGUGAAAAAGGGAUUGAGAUUGACCCAGAUAAAGUCAAAGCCAUACAAGAGUUACCUCCACCACGUACUCAAAAGGAAGUCCGAGGAUUCCUAGGAAGAUUAAAUUACAUCGCUCGGUUUAUUUCACAACUAACUGAAAAAUGUGACCCCAUAUUCCGUCUCCUUAAGAAACACAACCCUGGUGGUUGGGACGAGGAAUGCCAGAAGACUUUCGACAAAGUUAAGCAAUAUUUGUCUAAUGCCCCAGUAUUGACACCACCUAAUCCAGAUAAGCCAUUGAUACUGUAUUUGACGGUAUUUGAAAAUUCUAUGGGAUGCGUACUUGGCCAACACGAUGAAUCGGGAAGGAAAGAAAAAGCGAUAUAUUACCUCAGUAAAAAGUUUACUGAGUGUGAGACGAGAUACUCGUUCAUUGAAAAGUUGUGCUGUGCCUUGAUUUGGACAACCCGAAGACUGAGACAAUACAUGUUGUACCAUACAACUUGGCUGAUCUCUAAAAUGGAUCCUCUGAAGUACUUGAUGGAGUCAACUGCCUUGAACGGGAGAAUGGCCCGAUGGAAAAUUCUACUUUCUGAGUUCGAUAUAGUCUAUGUGAACCAGAAGGCCGUAAAAGGGAGUGCGAUAGCAGAUUUCCUAGCCAGCAGGGCCCUAGAAGACUACGAGCCUCUGAACUUUGAUUUCCCAAAUGAAGAUCUAAUGUGCAUAGCAACCACCGAAGAAGACCCUCAAGAAGGUCAUCCUUGGAAGCUAAACUUUGACGGGGCAUCAAAUGUCGUGGGUAACAGAAUCGGGGCAGUUCUGGUGUCCCCAAACGGAGAUCAUUACCCAUUCACUAGUAAAUUGGAUUUUGACUGCACGAACAAUAUGGCAGAAUAUGAAGCAUGCAUCAUGGGAAUACGUGCGGCCAUAGAACGUAAAAUCAAGGUGUUAGAGGUAUAUGGAGAUUCUGCCCUAGUGAUUUAUCAACUCAAAGGUGAAUGGGAGACAAGAGACCCCAAAUUGAUCAAUUACCGGAGGUUGAUCCUUGAGUUAAUUAAAGAGUUCGAUGAUAUUGUCUUCUACUACCUCCCACGAGAAGAAAAUCAGAUGGCUGACGCCCUAGCAACGUUAGCUUCUAUGAUCAAGGUGAACCAACCAGAGGAUGUGAAACCAAUCCAAAUGAGCAUUUACGAGGCCCCGGCUCAUUGUUACAACCUUGAAGAAGAAGAGGAAAAUGAUGAUCACCCUUGGUACCACGACAUCCUACGAUAUGUGAAGAAUCGUGAGUACCCUAACCAAGCUACUGAGAAUGACAAGAGAACGUUGAGAAGACUGGCCAGUGACUAUGUCUUAGAUGGGGAGAUCCUAUACAAAAGAAGGAAGGAUCAGGUACUAUUAAGAUGUGUAGACGCCAUUGAGGGUAGGAAAAUCUUGGAAGAAGUCCACGAGGGCAUCUGCGGGACACAUGCUAAUGGUUUUACAAUGGCCAGGCAAAUUAUGUGGUUCGGUUAUUAUUGGUCCACCAUGGAAGGAGACUGUAUUAACUACGCCAAAAGAUGUCAUAAGUGCCAAAUCUAUGGAGACAAGAUUAAUGUACCUCCCUCACCUCUGCAUGUCAUAACCUCGCCAUGGCCUUUCUCGAUGUGGGGCAUGGAUGUGAUUGGGCCAAUUUUGCCAAAAGCUUCAAAUGGGCAUCGUUUCAUCUUUGUGGUCAUCGAUUAUUUCACCAAAUGGGUGGAGGCCGCUUCAUAUGCCAAUGUCACUAAAUCAGCAGUUAGUAAGUUCCUGAAAAAGGAAAUCAUCUGUCGAUAUGGAAUACCGGAAAAGAUCAUAUCUGACAACGCGUUGAAUUUGAACAACAGCACGAUAGCGGAUGUCUGCAGUCAGUUCAAGAUCAGACACCACAACUCGUCACCGUAUCGCCCGAAGAUGAACGGUGCAGUCGAAGCAGCCAAUAAGAACAUCAAGAAGAUUGUAGGAAAGAUGACAGAAACUUAUAAAGAUUGGCAUGAGAAGCUACCAUUCGCCCUCUAUGCUUAUCGAACGUCUAUCAGAACUUCUACUGGGGCAACGCCUUUCUCAUUAGUCUAUGGAAUGGAGGCAGUUUUACCUAUCGAGGUCGAGAUCCCUUCCCUUAGAGUUUUGUCAGAGGUAAAGUUAGACGAAGCAGAAUGGAUCCAGUCCCGAUACGAUCAGUUGAAUUUGAUUGAAGAAAAGAGGCUACGGGCUAUUCGCCAUGGUCAGAUAUACCAAAAGCGAAUGAUACGAGCUUACGACAAAAAGGUUCGUCCCAGAGAGUUCCACGAGGGAGACCUAGUACUGAAAAAGAUCCUGCCUAUACAAAAAGACCUCAGAGGAAAAUGGAUGCCGAAUUGGGAAGGGCCUUAUGUGGUGAAGAAAGCCUUUUCUGGCGGAGCAUUGAUAUUGGCUGAAAUGGAUGGCAAGACCUUAUCCAAUCCCGUGAAUUCAGAUUCGGUUAAGAAAUACUUCGCCUAA